CCGCAAAAAUUUUGGCGCAUCAGAUCGAUCACGGAGAGAGAAAUUUUGAGAGAGGGAAAAAUGGCGGAAGAGAAGGAGUCGACUUCGAUCCCGUUGAGCCAAGCGGUGGAUCCCGAGGAUCCCGCCAAAUCUCCACCAACUUCCCCCAAUUCCUCAACCCGAAAGGCUUGUUGUGCUGUUCUUCAAAGUUGGGUCUCAAAAAAGUUUAUGACUGGCUGUGUGGUUCUGUUUCCUGUUGCAGUCACAUUCUUCAUUACGUGGUGGUUUAUUCAAUUUAUUGAUGGCUUCUUCAGUCCACUAUAUGAAAGGCUUGGUGUUGAUAUAUUUGGCCUAGGAUUUUUGACCUCUCUAUUAUUUGUUUUCCUCAUCGGCAUAUUUGUUUCAUCAUGGCUGGGUUCCACUCUUUUCUGGCUCGGUGAAUGGUUUAUAAAGAGAAUGCCAUUUGUUAAGCACAUUUAUUCAGCAUCCAAGCAAAUUAGCACUGCCAUUUCGCCAGAUCAAAAUACUACCGCCUUCAAAGAAGUGGCAAUUAUUCGUCAUCCACGAAUUGGGGAAUAUGCCUUCGGUUUCAUCACAUCAACAGUGAUCCUUCAGAACGAGAAGGGUGAUGAAGAGUUAUGCAGUGUUUAUGUUCCUACAAAUCAUCUAUAUAUUGGAGAUAUAUUGUUAGUUAAUUCUGAAGAGAUUAUUAGGCCAAAUCUGUCAAUUCGUGAAGGAAUUGAGAUCAUAGUUUCUGGAGGGAUGACCAUGCCACAACUGAUCACUCCACUAGAGAGGAUUCCUCGUAAGAAUCUCAGCAUCCAAUUGAACAGAAUACAGUAACUCAUGGAGCGCUCUUAAGGUGGUGGUGUUGCAAUGAUGGGCUAUCAGAAUAGCAAAAGUAGAUGAGGAUGUAAUCUUCAAUCCUAAAGACAGGGCUAUUCCGAGACGUGCUGGAUCGACAGUGGAUAUGUUUGCUUGAUUUUGUUUUAAUCUUUUUGUACUGUUACGUCUUUAGGCCCAAUUUGUAAGUGUAAUUGUUCUACAAUCAUGGUUUGUAACCUUUGUGAUGUGUAAUGUACAGGAAUGCAGGUUGGCAUUCAUUUUCUCUAGACAUUGGAACUCCAGCUCGCCAGCUGGGUUCAAAAUGGAACUGCACUCAUUGUGGCGUGCAGUUGUAUGGAUAUGUGAACAUGGGAGAUUAAUUGGAUUUGUAUUCUCGAGCUAAAUCUUCAUUUCCUUGGCCAAUAGUAGGUCAAGAAAUAUUGAAUGGUGUUGUGGGUGGCGGUUUCCGAGGAUUA